AGAUCCAGCCGGGCGGGCACCGCGCGCGCUUGCCACCUCUCCCCGGCUUCGGCGAGGGCGCGAAGAUUUAUUUAUUUAUUUAUUUUUCAAACGACUUAAACUUUCCUUCUUUACCCCCUACCCCUCGCUCACCACCUUGCUGGCUGGACUGGAAUUUUGCUCUCCGGAUUCCCGAGGGGCACCGGGAAGCGAUUAUCUCCCCGCCCGCCCCUGAGGGUUCCUCCGCGGCACGGCUAAACUUCGCGCAGCCGGCGACACGGAGCGCUCCACUCGGCGACCGAACCCCCGUGCCCCCCGCGGGCUCCCGCGCUCACGAAGGGCCGGAGGUCCAGCCGGCUUCUGGCUGCGUUUCCUCGCUCCACCCGAUCCGCUCGGGGUCUGGCCGCUGAACCUUCCGGUGCACGCCGCAGUACUGGAGACGGCGGAUUAACCGGCGCUGAGACCCGGACUCCCCACCCCGCUUGGCAAACCGGCGGCCCCCUCACCUACCCACCCGCUUCAAAUCCCGGAGGGGAGACGGCAAGUUUGCCCGUGCUCGGUGGGCUGUUGGAUCGGAGCGUCGCUGCCGAAGCAGAGCGAGACCCCCGGUGUCCGGUGCCCUCUAGGAGUAGACAGCCCUGGGAACCCGGACCCGAGCUGCUUGGACCGGGGCGCUGGUUGCUGCGCCGCCGGGCGCGCUGAAGCAUCCCGGGGCCGGGCCAGCGCCCCCUGCGUCCCCGCGCCGGAGGAGAAGAAAGCCGGGUCGUCGCCACGGUCACCGCCCUCUCGGUCGGUCGCUUCUUGGGGGUGGAGGCAAGAGACGAGAGGAAGAACACACACCGAGGGCGUCGCGGUGCCCCGGCGGAUGAGCCCCCCGCCGCCUCCCGGGCUGCGCCGCCUCGCGGGCCGUGACGAUGGAGGUGACCUGCCUUCUACUCCUGGCGCUGAUGCCCCUCCGCUGCCGGGGACAAGGAGUCUACGCUCCAGCCCAGGCCCAGAUCGUGCACGCUGGCCAGGCCUGUGUGGUGAAAGAAGACAGCAUCAGUGAGCGUGUCUACACCAUCCGGGAAGGCGACACCCUGGUACUGCAGUGCCUGGUCACUGGGCACCCUCGACCCCAGGUGCGGUGGACCAAGACCGCGGGCAGCGCGUCGGACAAGUUCCAGGAGACGUCGGUGUUCAACGAGACGCUGCGCAUCGAGCGCGUGGCGCGCACGCAGGGCGGCCGCUACUACUGCAAGGCGGAGAACGGCGUGGGCGUGGCGGCCAUCAAGUCCAUCCGCGUGGACGUGCAGUACCUGGACGAGCCCGUGCUGACAGUGCACCAGACGGUGAGCGACGUGCGUGGCAACUUCUAUCAGGAGAAGACUGUCUUCCUGCGCUGCACCGUCAACUCCAACCCACCUGCCCGCUUCAUCUGGAAGCGGGGCUCUGACACGCUGUCCCACAGCCAGGACAAUGGCGUCGACAUCUAUGAGCCCCUCUACACCCAGGGAGAGACCAAGGUCCUGAAACUCAAGAACCUGCGGCCGCAGGACUAUGCAAGCUACACCUGCCAGGUGUCCGUGCGCAAUGUGUGCGGCAUCCCAGACAAGGCCAUCACCUUCAAGCUCACCAAUACCACGGCACCGCCAGCCCUGAAGCUGUCUGUGAAUGAAACUCUGGUGGUGAACCCCGGGGAGAAUGUGACGGUGCAGUGUCUGCUGACAGGUGGCGAUCCCCUCCCCCAGCUACAGUGGUCCCACGGGCCCGGCCCACUGCCCCUGGGUGCUCUGGCCCAGGGUGGCACCCUCACCAUCCCUUCAGUGCAGGCCCGGGACUCUGGCUACUACAACUGCACAGCCACCAACAACGUGGGCAACCCUGCCAAGAAGACCGUCAACCUGCUGGUGCGAUUCAUGAAGAAUGCCACAUUCCAGAUCACCCCAGAUGUGAUCAAAGAGAGCGAGAACAUCCAGCUGGGCCAGGACCUGAAGCUGUCGUGCCACGUGGAUGCAGUGCCCCAGGAGAAGGUGACCUACCAGUGGUUCAAGAACGGCAAGCCGGCCCGGAUGUCCAAGCGGCUGCUGGUCACCCGCAAUGACCCUGAGUUGCCAGCAGUCACCAGCAGCCUGGAGCUCAUCGACUUGCACUUCAGUGACUAUGGCACAUACCUGUGCAUGGCUUCCUUCCCGGGGUCACCUGUGCCUGACCUCAGCGUGGAGGUCAACAUCUCCUCUGAGACAGUGCCCCCCAGCAUCAGCGUCCCCAAGGGCCGGGCGGUGGUGACCGUGCGCGAAGGCUCUCCCGUGGAGCUCCAGUGCGAGGUGCGGGGCAAGCCGCGGCCACCCGUGCUCUGGUCCCGCGUGGACAAGGAGGCAGCCCUGUUGCCCUCGGGACUGGCUUUGGAGGAGACGCAAGACGGGAAACUGAGGCUGGAGCGCGUGAGCCGGGACAUGAGCGGCACCUACCGCUGCCAGACAGCUCGCUACAACGGCUUCAACGUGCGCCCUCGAGAGGCCCAAGUGCAGCUGAUGGUCCUCUUCCCCCCGGAGGUGGAGCCCGCUUCCCAGGACGUGCGGCAGGCGCUGGGCCGGCCCGUGCUCCUGCGCUGCUCGCUGCAGCGGGGCAGCCCCCAGCGCAUCGCCUCGGCCGUGUGGCGCUUCCAAGGACAGCUGCUGCCCCCGCCGCCCGACGCCCCCGACCACGCCGAGGCCCCCGACCACGCCGAGCUGCGCCUGGACGCGCUGAGCCGCGACAGCAGCGGCAGCUACGAGUGCAGCGUCUCCAACGACGUGGGCUCCGCCACCUGCCUCUUCCAGGUCUCCGCCAAAGCCUACAGCCCGGAGUUUUACUUCGACACCCCCAACCCCACCCGCAGCCACAAACUGUCCAAGAACUACUCCUUCGUGCUGCAGUGGACGCAGAGGGAGCCGGACGCCGUGGACCCGGUUCUCAACUACAGACUCAGCGUGCGCCAAUUGAACCAGCACAAUGCCAUGGUCAAGGCCAUACCCGUUCGGCGUGUGGAGAAGGGUCAGCUGCUGGAGUACAUCCUGACUGACCUGCGUGUGCCCCACAGCUAUGAGGUCCGCCUCACACCCUACACCACCUUCGGGGCUGGAGACAUGGCUUCCCGAAUCAUCCACUACACAGAGCCCAUCAACUCUCCAAACCUGUCAGAUAACACUUGCCACUUCGAGGAUGACAAGAUCUGUGGUUACACCCAGGACCUGACAGACAACUUUGACUGGACGCGGCAGAAUGCUCUCACCCAGAACCCCAAGCGUUCCCCCAACACUGGUCCCCCCACUGACAUCAGUGGCACCCCUGAAGGCUACUACAUGUUCAUCGAGACCUCCAGGCCCCGGGAGCUGGGGGACCGCGCAAGGCUGGUGAGUCCCCUGUACAACGCCAGCGCCAAGUUCUACUGUGUCUCUUUCUUCUACCACAUGUACGGGAAGCACAUUGGCUCCCUCAACCUCCUGGUGCGGUCACGGAACAAGGGAGCCGUGGACACACACGCCUGGUCCCUCAGCGGCAACAAGGGGAACGUGUGGCAGCAGGCCCACGUGCCCAUCAACCCCAGCGGGCCCUUCCAGAUCAUUUUUGAGGGGGUUCGAGGCUCAGGCUACCUGGGGGAUAUCGCCAUAGAUGACGUCACACUGAAGAAAGGAGAGUGUCCCCGGAAGCAGAUGGAUCCCAAUAAAGUGGUGGUGAUGCCAGGCAGCGGAGCCCCCUGCCCAUCCAGUCCGCAGCUCUGGGGACCCAUGACUAUCUUCCUCUUGGCGUGGCAGAGAUGAUGAGCACUGCGUGGCCCCCCCACCCCGCCCCCGGCACACCAAAGUGUCCACAUAGUACCAAAGACUGACCUCCCCGCCAGCCGGGGUGCCCAGGGGCAGGGCCGACCGUCCAGGAGGAAGUCCUCCGUGGCUUUGAGGAUGGGCAGAGGACAAAGCCAGAGGCCGCGGCUUGGAGGCCCUGGAGGUGGUUGUUUGACACGCGCACAUGCGUGCGCGUGCGCGCACACACACACACACACACACACACACACACACACUCACUCACACACACACACACACAGAUA